AUGUCGAACUUUCUCGUUACUGGCAGUUCCCGCGGCUUAGGCUUAGAGUUAGUGAGGCAGCUAGCUGCCCGCGCCUGCCUCGAAGGAGGAUUGGUUAUUGCAACGGCGCGCAAAUGCAGCCCGAAGCUUACGGAACUUAUCGCUCAGUCCAAUGGAUGCAUUGUCUUCGUCGCUUUGGAUAUCUCCGAGGAGUCAAGAAUCGCUGACUCGGCCGAGCAAGUCAAAUCAGCUUUAAACGAGCAAAGUCUGGACGUGUUGAUCAAUUGCGCUGGAGUUCAUGGUGAGACACAUGGAAAACUAGCUUCAAUUAUCGUACGCUCCUUGCCCGGCAUACAAGAUCAGCAAAGCAGCACUAAACGCCUUAACGGUCCAGUAUGCGCUUGGCUCCAAAGUGACAUGGGUGGGAAGAAUGCCGACCUGACCGUGCCUCAAGGUGCAGAAGCGGUCUUGAACAUUGCAAUGUCCGUAGACCGUGUGGACAAUGGCCGGUUUAAGAAUAUUCAUGUUCCAGGGUGGGAAGCCUAUAAAGGCCAGGACAUGCCGGUGUGGAAUGCGAACGCCGGCGGCGCGGACGGCCAGCUAAGAAGAGAAACCAAAGGUUUGCUGUCAUCCAUCAACCGGCAAUCAGGCCGUAGGGCAGCGGAAAGAAAUGUCAAUAGAAGUACCGCUAUAGAGCACAGCCAGCCUAACGACCAAGCUCUGGACUCAAGGGAGCGAUCCUUAACCACGCCUACGCACUCGACACCCAGCGUCGAGGGCCCCAAUUAUCAUGCAAUACAGGCAAAAAACAUAAUCCAACUAGAAUUAAAUGACUCAAGGCAUGUCAACCGCGGGAGACAAUCCAUACUUCGCUCUGCUCUCCAACUCGUGAAUCAAAUUGCAGAGAGUGAGCCUCAACAUUCGGACGAAAUCAUAGAAGAGUUUCAUCCUAACGAUCCCGCCUUUUCGAUUCCGGAUGCACCCCCUCGAGAGCUGUUGUUUAUGCUCCUACAAGGGCCGCCGGAAUCGAUGUGCAUUCAGUGGCCGGAUCACAUCUCGCGCAAAACAUAUGAAGAAAUGGCUACAGCCUUGUUACGAAGUGAACCUCGGCUACAAGGUCAACUUUUCCAUCAAUAUAGCAUUUGCAUAUAUGUGAAAGCAAUAUUUCAUAUAUAUCAGGUGUCACGAACCGUGCGCAGCCCGCUCCUGAAAACACAGCUGUCCCAAUCUAGGUCGACUUACAUCGCAGCCACAAUUCGGAGCAUUGAGAACCUGAGCAUACUCAAACAGCCAGACAUCUCGUCCAUACAAGCUCUACUCUCAAGUGCAUUGCUUAUGCAGCACCUGGGGAGGCUGAACCAAUGUUGGGUCCUUACCUCUUAUGCUGCUCGACAGAUUGCAUCCCUUAACUACCACAAGGUCCGCAGGGUACCAGCGCGCUCAGACUCGGAGUUAGAGGUAUAUAGUGCGGUAUACUGGUGCUACUAUCUUGAUCGGACGUUAAGUUCACUUCUCAGUCGCCCUACGUCAUUGCCUGAUCUCGAGGUAUCCCCGACGGAUCUCAUUGUCUUAGACCCAUGUUCGCCAUAUGAUACGCUUUUGCGUGUCCUGCUUGACCUCGCACAGGUUCAGGGAAGAUUACAUGCAGUGUCUUCUGACGCAAAGAAUGCUUCGAAUAGUCAGGCUUUGGAGACUUGUCAGCUCCUUGAGUCCAGGAUGCAGAGCAUUCUUCGACAAAUGCCGUCGGUAUGUGUACCAGGACCACAUAUAAAUCGCGCAUCCCUCCCGAAAAUGGUACAAUAUGAUUGGGUUGCGGUCGACUUCUGCUACUACGCGAUUUUCGUCGAGAUCGACAGAACACGCUUGAAAAGCUCGUUUAGUCCAGUAAUACACAGGGAAUGUCUCGUACAUGCCCGACAGUCACUUGGAGCAUUUCACUUUAUCCAGCAGCAUGCGGAGGAAAUGCCGGGGUUUGAAGAGCCAUAUCCAUCAUUUCUGACAUGCGCCUUCUUCGUGGUCAUCUGCAACAUCAUCGGAACUUUGGAUCAUGGAGAUUUCAAACUGCUUCAACAAAUAACGCAGAGUUUGUCACAGUUCAAGCAAGAUCCACAUCUUGGAAAACUUUUAAACCUUCUCCAGUCGCUGGAAGAUCUCUGCGAGCCGCUGUUCCAAGAAGCGGGUUCUGGUCCAGAAAUUAUAUCAUCAAACCUUCGUGCAUCCGCCCCGAAUCAGGCAAUGGAACCUGUCACUACGGAUGGCAUUCCUCCGAGCGCCUCCUUCGAUAGCAAUUUUGGGCUAAGUGAUGAACCAAUACCAAACUCGGAGUUGGACGCCUCAGCCGAUUGGCUGAUGUGGCAGCUUUUCAAUAGCCAAAUCCCAGCGGGUUGGCUUAGCAGUGGUAUGGACCCUUUUGAAAUAUGA